AUGGCUGCCUCUCGAACGGAUAAUCAAACAAUCUGCGACUACUACGCCGAACAGCGAUAUGGAGAGAACAACGUCACUACACAGCUCUGGUUGAUGCAGGGCAUCGUUUCGUAUGCCUAUGCUGGCGGUGCCGCGGUUCAAAAACCCGUUGCCAACAGUACUGGUGUAUUCAACAAGGGAAACUUUGGCGGCGACGAGGUGUUUCUUCGCUCGUGGUUUGAUGGCUCAAGGGCAACAACAAAUCUCAAUGGCCUAGCUGUAAAGGUGGAUUGGUUGGACGGAGGCGGUCUCGAUCCUCUCCUUGGCUAUUUGAAUGGGUCUACUAGUACUCCAAAAAUCAGAGAGGGCUCAAAUCAAGACAUUUUGUUCUCCCACUGGUACGUCACGUUCGGAAAUAUUUACAAGUGCAGUCUUGUGAAGGAGUUUGUGGCCAAGGCAUAUGCGCCCUAUACACCGGCCUACGUCCACAAAUAUAUGGAUCUCAACCAGACGCAAGUCGGCUACUUUAUCGACCAGUUCAUCGUUGCCAGUAAAUACUACGGCUUCUCGGAUUCGGACGCGCAGCAGCUAUCGGCAUUUAUGAACACAAAAUACAACAAUAAAUGCUCACCACCUGACGCAACUGGACAGCUCAAUUCCGUAUGCCUUGCAGAAGGUUGCCCACAGGCUUUCCCUGAGAGGGACUGUGCAGCGUACAACAGCAUAGGGCCAUAUGGUUACAAGGCCAACACCCCAGCAACUGGUACUGCGACGGGCGUCAAUCCGACUGCAAAAGCAACUUCGUCUGAGACGACAUCCCCCUCGGCAACAAACACUUCUGCGCCCCCUGCCAGCGGCGGCUCAUCCUCCAGUCUAUCUGCCGGGGCGAUUGCGGGCAUUGCCAUUGGCGGUGCAGCCGUUCUCUUACUGGCGGUGGGCAUGUGGCUGUACUUUCGUCGUCAGCAAAAAGCCAACAAACCCGCAGAGAAGCCAGCGACAAUGCCAAACGAGAUGGGCGAAGGAGCAGGUGCAUUCUCGCCCCAAUCGCCGUACGGUCACCCGCACGACAGCUAUUACAGCAGAUCCAACCCACACGACUCGUAUGUUGUAUCUACAAUCGGCAGUCCGAAUAGCCCACCGCCGGCUUGGGACCAGGCCAAAACUCCACAACCACAGGAAUUGGGGGCAGAGAGUCCAGCGGCAACACCAGGACUUGGGUCACCAGGGUGGGGACAGAUGCACCAGAUAGCUGAGAUGGAGAGUCCUGAUCCGCCUCCAGGUUGGAGCCAGCGAACACAGCCCUGA